AUGAAAGCAAUUGUUAUCAGCCGCUUUGUGCAGAAUUACCAUGAAAUUUGUGUUUCCCAAGUCCCUUCACCAAUACCCAAACAUGACGAGAUACUCAUCCAAGUCGUCGCGGCAGGUGUGAAUUUCGUGGAUACUCUCUAUUGUCGUGGCCUUCACCAGAACAACCGCAGGCAUGUCACGCCGCCGUUCACCUUGGGCCUUGAGUUUGCAGGCAUUGUCCUCUCUGCUCCAGCAUCUUGCCCACAUCCAAAGGGCUCACGAGUAUUUGGCUCCUGCACUGGCACCUAUGCAGAGUACAUAACCCUACACUGCUCUCUUGCAGACACGUUGCACCUCAUCCCGGAUUCCUGGAGUUUCGUCGAAGCGGCCUCGCUGGGUGCCACCCUGCCUGUCUCUUACGGGGCCCUCAAACUUCGAGCUGCCAUGAAACCCGGAGAUACAGUGCUCAUCCACGCAGCGGCCGGUGGCUUGGGAUUAGCAGCUGUCCAGCUCGCCCGUGCCAUGGGCUGCCGCGUCAUUGGAACGGCCGGAUCUGCCUCCAAGUGCUCCGUUGCCGAGAGCUUUGGUGCCGACGAGUGCAUCAACUACACCACCAAUCCAAGAUGGUGGGAGCACGUGAACCAACUGACCAAUGGUCAAGGGGCCGACAUCGUCUUCGAUUCUGUAGGCUUGGUGGGUGAUAGUCUGCGCUGUCUCGCGUACAGGGGUGUAGUACUCGUAGUUGGGUUUGCUGCAAGGGAGGGCGAUAUGGAGGCCGUCAGAAUGAACCGAGUAUUGUUGGGACAGGCCACACUCAUCGGAUAUCGUUUCGGCGAGUCAAAUCGCCGUGAGCCGACUGAGACUGCUGACAUAUGGAAGGAGCUGUUGCCACUCAUACAUGCCCGUAAGAUUGGGCCGACUGUGUACGACGGCAUAUAUACGGGCCUGGAGAGUGUCCCGCGGGCUCUCCAAGACAUGGCCUCGCGUCAAGUAUGGGGCAAGGCCGUGAUUCGGCUAACCAAGACAGAAGCCGAAGCGCAGAAGGCUAGAUUAUGA